CAGUUGUGUGUCUAGAGCGCAAUACUGGCAGGAGAGUGCAUUUUAGACCCCGUUUUGUGGCUUGUAUUCGCCGUGACUUGCUUCAGAGAGAACCUGGGAAACCCUCAGGCCACGUAAUGGUGGCAGUGACCUUUGAGGAUGUGGCUGUGAGCUUCACCAGUGAGGAGUGGGCUUUGCUGAAUCCAUCCCAAAAGAAGCUCUACAGGGAUGUGAUGGGGGAAACCUUUAGGAACAUGACUGCUAUAGGAAGAGCUGGGGAAAAGCAGAAAGUUGGAAAAGAAUACCAAAGUGACUGGAGAUAUCUAAGAAAUGAAAAGGUAGGGAAAUGCUAUCAGUAUAAAGAUUGGAAUCAGUAUGAAGAAAUACUCCUUUGUACUCUAGAUGCUACUGGAAAUGUGAAACAAACAGACACACAGAGUGAUGUUCAAAUUUAUGAAACAAAUUGCAUUGGAGAAAAACCAUAUGUAUGUAAGCAAUGUGGGAAAGCUUUUACCACACAUAGAUAUUGUCAAAUACAUGAAAGUCUUCACACUGGAAAGAAACCUUAUGUAUGUAAGCAAUGUGACAAAGCUUUCAGCACACGCACAAAUUGUCGAGUGCAUGAAAAACUUCAUACUGGCAAUAAACCCUAUGUAUGUACACACUGUGGAAAAGCUUUCAGCACGAAAUGUCAUUGUCAAACACAUGAAAGAGUUCAUACUGGAGAGAAACCCUAUGUAUGUAAACAGUGUGGGAAAGCUUUCAGUAGAAAUACUCAUUGUCGAAGACAUGAAAAAACACACACUGGGGAGAAACCUUAUGUAUGUAAACAAUGUGGGAAAGCAUUUACCACACGUGUAUAUUGUAAAAUACAUGAAAGACUUCACACUGGGGAGAAGCCCUAUGUAUGUAAGCAAUGUGGGAAAGCUUUCAACAGGUACAGUGAUUGCAAAAUACAUGAAAGAACUCACACAGGAGAGAAGCCUUAUGUAUGUAAGCAAUGUGAGAAAGCUUUUACCACACGCAGAUCUUGUCAAAUACAUGAAAGAAUUCACACUGGGGAGAAACCCUAUGUAUGUAAGCAAUGUGGAAAAGCUUUUAGCAGGCACAAUGCAUUUAAGAAACAUGAAAGAACUCACACUGGAGAUUAAUCCUAUAUAUGUAAGGAAUGUGUGAAUAGUUUGUGCACAUUUUUUGAUUGUCACAUAUACGCAAGAGCUUACUGGGGAGAAAUUCUAUGUAUGUGAGUAAUGUGGGAAAGAGGCCAGUCCACACACAUUGUUAAAUAUGUUAAAGAAGCCUCACUGGGGAGAAACUUUAUAUAUGUAAACUUAUUUUGAAAGUCUGAUGAAAAAUUUUCACAUAGUGGAGUCCUGAAGAAAUAAUAUAAAA